AAUCGAUUCUAUUGACUGUCAAGCCAGUCUCCAACAGUCGGUUGGGUGUUAGGUAUUUAAAAGUUUUGUAUUCGUAAGAAAUCAUUCGGCGGACAGUUUAAAAAUCUUUUGUACAUUAGUGUAUUUACACAGGAAAUUUGAAAAUAUAAGUGAAAACGUAUCUAAGGUUUCCCUCUCUUUUUCUGGAAUUGGCAAUCUCGUCUAGACAAAGUUUCCGUUUUUCAGCAGUGUUGACUGUUUCCCGGGAAGUUUUCAGUUCCUUUGCUGGCUAUUCCUUAGACAGAUUUAUAUUAAAGUCAUGCCGGAGAAGAUGUGGAAUACCCAGUAUAUGGAAGAUUUCAACAAAAAACGGUCAAGAAGCAAAACCAAGAGUACGCCAUCAGAGGCAUGGCGGCACAGCAAUCAUCAUCCCAAAAAGGACUUUCUGGACUCCAGAAGACCAAAAACAGCAGGUACAAACUCUUGGUAUAUAAAGAAGGCACAGAAGAAUUUGGAGGAACGAUCACGUGCCAGUGACGUAGCUAGUCCAUUCAUCGACAGCUUCAGUAACAUGUUAAAUGAAGAAAUUGGUCCUUACCAGGGGACAUUUAUGGAAAAUUUUGUCAGUCCUUACCCUUCCCCUUACCCCAGCCGCGUACACACACCGGCCCCACCCACAGACCUACAGAUAUCGGGGGAGAAGAUCAUUCUGAACAACAAAGAGAUCUCGAAACAAUACCUGAUAGAGUUGUACGAGCAAGCAAUGGCUAAAAAAGAAGAAGAGGAGGGAAAAGAAGAAGAAAAGGCAGAGGAAAAGAAGGAAGAAGAAGUUGAGAGAGGGCCAGUUGUCGAGCAGAGACCAAAGACGCCAGCACAGGAACUUCAUUGGAUUUGCUGGCCAGAACCAGGGGGACAAAAAGACCUACCCAAACGACCCAACACGGUGCUAGGCGUCCACAGCUCCGACGUAAAGGCUGCGGACACAGACGGCAUUAAUCCAACUCAGCAACGGGAAUCCGCACGCGGAGCGCCCUUAACGUUUGUUCCAGAACUUCAUUCGUGGGUGAACGCCACCACCGACUACGACAGAGAAACAGCUGCUAGAAUAAUGGCAAUGUACGGAUCCCUAGCUCCUCCCCUCCCCCCGGAGGCCCUGAGACCCCAGAGACAGGCCACAUUCACAUUCGGAAGUACUCGCAAGAACCAGUACAGAACAGUUCCCGACCCCCGGGGGUUCUAUGCACAAUCUUGGAUGCCAUUGUACGAAGACAUGAAUGCCUCAAACGAUAGAAGAGUCAGAGAAAUGGAUAAACGACUGUCAGCAAGUGACACCUUACCACAAUUACCAAUGUUACAGCGUAGUAAUACAUGUAUGGACAUGCGCCCAAUGCAGAGACGCAUCAUACGCUACCCCAAGUCAGAGGAGUAUGUACAUGAACAUAGUAUUUUUAUGACAACACAGCCCUUGAUACGUGGUCACUUUAUCAUCCAUCCAGAUUGGGUGUCAGAACGACUCACGAAAAAGAGGAUGAAUCUAGCCAACAGAAAAGUUAGGAACGGUCUCCGAUACGGGACCUCCGAGGAAUACUAGAUCUAGCUAGCCGUUAAUCACAGUUAUAGUUAUUUAUUAUUGUUAGAGUUUAACAAAUUUAACGAAUUUUUGCACUUGUACAAUCUGACCAUGUUAAAGUUAUGACUGAAACUGCUGUUGAUGCGUAAGUCAUGCUUGGAUCAACUACCAACAUACUGAGUGUGUCUAUGUUGCUGUGAUGUCUACAACCCCAUUUCCCGACAUUCCUUUCGAAAUCUAAGGAGAAGCAAGUCUCCUUGGUGACAGUGUCGCUAUUUUUACUUCCGCAUCCGGCUGAGGUGCUGAUGUUAUUUAAUCUAGUCUCCUUGUGUGUGUUUUAUUGAGUGAAUAGAAAUACUCGCUUUUCUUGUGUUACAUACACUGUGAUAUUUAUCGUCUGUCUUGGUGCACCCCUUUACUUCUUUUUAUUUAAAGAUCUAAUGCACAAUCAUUAACAAAACGAAGAAAUGUAAGGAAACUUGUUUUAUGAGCGUCCACACAGAUAGCAUCUGAGAAAUGCGCACCAACUCUUUGUUUUUUAAGUUAUAUUUUUAUUAAAUUAUUAUUUUACUUAUGUUUUGUAUCACCCCACUGGUGUUAGAAGCUUUCGGUUUGAUCAUGUGAUUAGUCGACUAUCACGUGACUCUUUUACCUAUAUCAGUAUUACUUUUGUAAAUUAGGUUUGUGUCGCAGUAGAUAUCACGUUAGCUGUAUUUUGUUAUUUCCCGAAAUACGAAGAUAAAUGAAUAAAAUACGAAUAUAUUUAUCAAUAA